GUUGCGAGUACAUCCGGAUUUACUUGACCCCGUUUGAACCGCAAUUAAACCGGAGCACGUACCUUUGUUUGUUUCACAUUCACAUUCUAGGUAGAGAGGGAUGGCGGAAGAAGAGAAUGGGGCGGCCGGCGGCGGAGAGUUUUACCUGAGGUAUUACGUAGGCCAUAAGGGGAAGUUUGGCCACGAGUUCUUGGAGUUCGAGUUCCGACCAGAUGGUAAACUCCGUUAUGCCAAUAACUCCAAUUACAAGAACGAUACUAUGAUCCGUAAAGAGGUUUUCCUCACGCCUUCAGUUCUCAAGGAAUGUCGUCGUAUCGUCUCCGAUUCCGAGAUUAUGAAGGAAGAUGAUAACAACUGGCCAGAACCAGAUCGUGUAGGAAGACAAGAACUGGAGAUUGUGAUGGGGAACGAGCACAUCUCUUUCACUACUUCAAAGAUUGGUUCACUCAUGGAUGUGCAAACCAGUAAGGACCCUGAAGGCCUUCGAAUCUUCUAUUAUCUUGUUCAGGAUUUGAAAUGUUUUGUGUUUUCACUGAUAUCACUCCACUUCAAGAUCAAGCCGAUAUAAGGAAAAGAGUGAUGGUAUGUUUUAAGGUGUUUGUUAGAUUUGGGGAAGUUGAUGUUUAAUGUGAUUGAAGUUUGUAUGAGAUGAGUUUUGUGUUAAAAAAAACAUGUUAUCUUUUGUUAGGUGGUCAUUGAUAUUUGAUUGAAAGUUGAAUUAAAAUUGUAACAAGUGCAACUGCCUUUUUUUCGAGCUAAGAAUUUUUAUAUAACUGUUUGUUUGCCUGAGCUCUCUUAUAAUGUUGUGGAUAUUUUGUGGGGAGAGUUUGUAAUUAUUGGAUUUGAC